GGGGGCUCGACUGCAGCACCACGACGAACGUGCAUCAUUUUGGGUCUUAUAAAAGCAGCUGAAUCGGAGUGGAACCAGUCCAAGACACGCUUUGGUGCAUUUAUAAAAUCCCUUUGUGCUUUCUUGCCCUCCAUCAGGGUGGUGCGCAAGGUUUCGGGCUGUGCUCCCCUCCUCCUCCUCCUCUCUCUUCCACUGGUGAGCUUGGCAGCAGAGCAGGCUGAACAAAGCCAUGAGAGAGAGAGAGAGAGAGAGAGAGGAGCUUCUGCGAAGAAAUGUCUCUCACUGACUGUCGCCUGGACAACCGGAGCACGGAGGAGAUGAAAUUGCAGAGCACAAGUUCAGCACAUCACAAGAGGACCCGGUAGACCUGAACAACCCACCUGUGAUUCUUGUCUAACCAGCCUCAGCAGGGUGAGAGAAACUGCAAGUGACAUCCCCGGGAUGCUGCACGCUGCGUUCACGGAGAGCUGUGCACGUCCUUCAGUGUGAGCGGGAAUCCAUCAAUCAUAAAAUGAACACUGUUGUCAGGUGCUGAUGGAUCUCGAGAGUUUGACUUGCGCCGUGAACACAAACUUCACUGUCCGUAAAGAAUAGAAGGUGCCGGCAUGGACGUGGAGGAUGAGCCGCUGCUAUUUCAGACCAGCUGGGGAGGGGAGGAGGUGGAGGAAGAGGAGGAGGAAGAAGAAGAAGAAGAAGAGGGGGAGGAGGAGGAGGGAGAGGAUGGAGUAGCACAGGCAGCAGGACACAACUGUUUGUCUGGGGAUGCUGGGGUGUGUGGCGUGUGGAGGAUGGUAGGAUGGGUUUACACUCAGCCCUGGACCAGUGGCAUGGUUUUAGGGGUCGUUGUCCUGCUGCCAUGCGCCCUGUUUGCCUACAUGCUCCUCUACUGCCCUCGUCUGGACAUAGACCUCUCCUACAGUGCCUUCGAGGUUCACAGUCACUUCUCUGCGGAGCGCUUUGACGCCCUCACCAUUGCAGUAAAGACUCAGUUGGGGUCCUGGGACCGACGGAGGCGAGACUUAGACAGCGGUGAGUCUGAGGCCCUGCAGGAGCUCCUGCUGCAGAAGCUGGGCAGACGGGCAACGGUCAACAGGACAGAUAACGAGGCCUCCACUCCCCAAAAUGACCCUCUACAAGCAGGAGUUGACCAAAAGAGCGGAGUGGCGGUGGGCAGGGAUAAGAGGACAGUGCCACGUUUGGGUCAGGAGGAAAUGGGGAAGCACAAGAGCUCAAAUUACCGAGCAGAGGAGGAAGAGGAGAGAUCACGGCACAGAAAUUCCAGUUUUUCGCCCAUUAGGAAGCGCAGGUCUGCUCACGAUUACUACCUGCAGUGCCAGGCUCUGUGGCGGAUCGAGCUGGUGUUUGUAGCCCAAGGGGAGGGGGACCUCAACAUCUUCACCCCAGAACGUCUGCAGACCAUUCACCACGUGGAGCGUCUGCUCAUGCAGCACCCUCAGUUUCAUCAGUUCUGCUGGAAGCCUCUGGAGCUGCUGAGGGAUCUGCCACUGGGACCCUCCUACUGCUCCCCACCCAGCUCCCUCCUGUCUUACCUCUACCCCAGUGAGAGAGGAGGGAAGAUAUACUACGAUGGCAUGGGCCCCGACCUGGCUGAUAUCCAAGGUUCUCUGAGUCUGGCCAUCACCCACCCACAGUUCUACUGGUACGUGGACGAGAGUCUGUCCCCCGAGCAUCUCUCCUCCUCGCUGUUGCGUAGUGAGAUCCACUUCGGAGCUCCUCUGCCAUCCUACUACUCCCUGCAGGACCGAACAGACGAGCAGAGAACACGCUUCAAAAACUUUGUGGUCCAGUAUGCAGACAUCCUGGCCAAGCAAUCCACCAGCCAGGUGAAGGUGCUUUAUGGCGGGACGGAGCUGUUCGACGACGAGGUGAGGCACACCUUCCACAAUGAUAUGAUGCUGGCUGUCAUCAGUGGAGCCUGCAUCACUGUGCUCGUCUAUGUCCUCACCUCCUUUUCUGUCUUUCUGACUUUCUUCGGGCUGGCCAGCAUUGGACUGAGCUGCUUGAUGGCUCUUUUCUUAUACCACGUUGUCUUUGGCGUGAGGUACCUGGGCAUCCUCAAUGGAGUUGCAGCUUUUGUUAUCAUCGGUAUUGGGGUGGAUGAUGUAUUUGUGUUCAUCAGUACCUUCCGACAGGCCUCGCAUCUGCGUCGUCCGCAGCAGCGAAUGAUCUACACAAUUAAAACGGCAGGCCGAGCCACUUUCCUCACCUCCUUCACCACCGCAGCGGCCUACGCUGCGAACACCUUCUCCCAGAUCCCAGCCGUGCAUGACUUCGGCCUAUUCAUGGCCCUCAUUGUCAGCUGCUGCUGGCUUUGGGUAUCCGUCCUGAUGCCAGCCGCACUGUGUAUCUGGACCCAGUGUGUGGAGCCCCACGAACAUGCCUGGUUGAACUGCUGGAAGUUGUUUUCAUGCCUGUCAGCGAGCCAGAGUCCUUUGUCAGAUGAGGAUGAUGAUGUGGCACUUCUGUCAGUGGAGCUGGAGCCAGGCUCCUGUGACACAGAUGGCGAUGCAGCCAUUCUGUCCCUGUCAGUGGAGACACCUCUGUCCCCUCCAGGACAGCAGCAUGUGGGUGUGGUGAGCACAAAUCUCCAGUGGGCCCUGAAGCAUUUAGUGGCAGAGCCAGCUGUGCAGCGGCGGAAAGCCGUUCUAGGUGUCUUCCUCCUGAUCCUGCUGUUAUCUGCCGGGUGCUGCUGUCUCCUGAGGCCGGCCACUCACGCCCCUCUACUUUUCCGCCCGGACACAAACCUCCAGACUCUGCUGGCUCUGAGGAGCAACCUCAGCGGUCAAGGCAUCUCCUGCCCCAUGUGCUCAGGUGUGUUCAUGGAGAGGCCCCACUCACUGUACAGCCACGCUUCCUUGUCAGCAUUUAAGAUUUCUACACAUCAGCAAACUCAGGGCUCGACGUCCAAUGUUCCUCGGAGCUCGGUAAAACCCGAUUCAGGCGCCAACCAAACAGGCUAUUUGCUGACAGUGUAUAUAUCAGAGCUGGACCUUGGAGCCUCCACAACCAUUUAUCGUUUCUCCCUUAACACCAGCACUCCCUCCCCAUGGAGGUUAUGCAGCACAGAGCACGGAGAAGUGUCGUCAUUCCAGGCUUAUAAUCAGCCCCACAGCAAUUACACCACCAGACUGACAGUGUGUGUUUCCCGUGUGUACCACCCAUACGCCAGCUGGAUGAUCACAUCUGGCUCAUGCGAGCCCAGGCAUGGCUGGACGCCAGAGUUUUCAUUUUAUGUAGCAGCGUCCGCACAGCAGCAGCAGCACAGCAGGAGGCUGUACUUUGCGCAGCAUCGCCUGAGACCUCAUCCCAGCCGAGUUUGUGUCAACCGGCCGGGCUGCGGCAUUAGCUCUGGGCCUGACGGACCCACACAGGGAGUCUUUUACAGUCCUAUUUCCAGUGGUUCCUCAUCUGCUGCCAAAACCAAAGCAUCCAAAACUUUUGGCUUCAACCCAUGCAGUGGUGGCGUGUGUGGCCGGCCGGCGGUGCGUCCUCUGGUUGACACUGGGGCCAUGGUUUUUGUCGUGUUCGGGAUCCUGGGAGUCAACCGAACUGGGCACAAGGACAACCAUGUUAUUGGCGAUAUGGGCAGCAUUAUAUUGGAUCCAGACUUUGAUAUUUUCCAGGAGAUGGGGCAUCUCUGCAAAAUCUGUAAAGCCGUUAGUGCAAACACCCAACUUGUGAAGCCAGGAGGGGCUCAGUGUCUGCCUUCAGGCAACAAGCUGUCUUCUAUUCUGCCUCUGCUCCAUCCUGAGUGUCACUCCCUCCCUGAACCCAACCUGCUCCCGGGGCAGCUCUCCCACGGAGCGGUGGGAACGCACGGAGGCAAGGUCCGCUGGUUGUCCAUGGCUUUUGAGUCUACCACGUACAAGGGGAAAUCCUCCUUUCAGACGUACUCCGACUUCCUUCAGUGGGAGAACUUCAUCCAGGAGCAACUCGCCAGCCUCCCGCAGUCUUCUGCUCUGCGACGGGGAUUCCAGACCUGUGAGCACUGGAAGCAGAUCUUCAUGGAAAUCAUAGGUGUGGAGAGUGCCCUCUGGAGCCUGCUACUGUCUCUAGGCAUUUGUGUGGCAGCCGUGUCUGUGUUUACCGCCCAUCCUCUGCUGCUGCUGCCUGUGCUCAUCACCAUUCUAGGAGUGAUCUGUCUGGUGGCGGCCAUCAUGUACUGGCUGAGCUGGGAGAUGGGAGCAGUGGAGGCCAUUUCUCUGUCUAUACUCGUGGGAUCUUCUGUGGAUUACUGUCUGCACCUAGUCGAGGGCUACUUGCUGGCUGGGGAGACCAUGGCCUUUACGACUGACCUUAACUCGCAGCCUUCGGCUGCGAGGCAGCGGCGGACCCUGGAGGCAGUCAACCAUGUGGGCGUCGCCAUAGUGUCCAGCGCCAUCACCACGGUGAUCUCCACAGUCCCUCUCUUCUUCUGUGUCAUUGUGCCUUUCGCCAAGUUCGGCCAGAUAGUGGCCAUUAACACCGCCGUCUCAAUUCUGUUCACCCUGACCGUGACUGUCGCCAUGUUGGCGUGCAUGGCCCCCGCCCGCUUCAGCAGGCCCCCCAGUGCCGUGCUGAAAGCCAGCCUGGCCGUGAUGGCGGCUGCAGCCUUGGUGGCAGCCCUGUGCUGGGUGGGAGGACAGCUAGGAGCGUUGGCCUGGCCAUCGGUCAGCACAUGAACCCAGCGGUGCGUCACCUCACACUGAUGUCAAGCAGAGGAGUUCCUCCAGAUGCAAAAAUUACGAGAACUGUGUUUUCGUCCUUAUUUCAAAGGAAUAUCAGAUCAGUAUAUGAUCUUGUACCUUGUAGCACAAAGAUGUCAGAAUCAACUCCAUAACUAGAAGCUGUUUGUCAUCCAAAAAUACUUUUUUCACUUGUAAUGAUCAGUGGAUUGUAAGUAUUUGAAGAAAAAAGAAAAAACUCACCUGCUGAGUAUCUCUUUCAAUAUUUAGUGUGACUUACUAUGUGACUGUGAGUGGGUUGACAUGAUGAUUCAGUUUGAGGCAUCGCCCUCAGCUUAGAGGUGGGGACGAUUGAGUAAUCAUUGGGAAACACUGGCUGAGUCACAGUUUUCAUCGGUGUAACCGGUGUUAUUGAGUUGUGAAGAGCCGCUGACUGUGCCGUGACCUGCUGUUGUGAAGAACGGGGCGCUGUGCUCUGACGUCCGUGAAGAUUGCUGUUGCUAUGAUUCAUGGCCAUCUUGUGAAAACAUUGGUUUAUUUAUUAAUUUUUUGUUCUGGUGUUUUCUUAAUUGUGCAUUGAAUGUAAUUUUCUCAGCCACAUUUAUAACACAAGGUAUGAUGUCCUGCUGUGGCUAGAUCAAAAGUUGUCUAAGCCAAAUUUAUACUGUGCACAAGUGUAACGUGUAAUGUUAAUGUCUCAAUAUGCUGCUCUCACAAACUCUGAACUGAACGUUCGACGCUGCCAGCACACACUCGUUCUGAAGAGUUGUAUGCCAACACUUAGCACGAUCCUCAUCCUCCUCUCUGACCCUUUCAAGUGUUUAUAUCUCAGCUCUCACACUGCUUUCGAGGUCUUUUUUUGUCAUCAGCACCAAAUGAAAGAGACUUCGUCCCGUCUCCUCAGGUGUAACCUCCACAUGCUCUCCGAUGCACUUCGAGGCACUCACUGUAAACCAUUCUGCUCUCACAAUUUAUAGUACCACUCAAACACCCAUCAACGGCCGCUCCAGUCUGCCCCGCAGUGAGGGCUAUUUGUCAAAGUACAAAACAUAAUAAUGGCCAGAGAGAGGGAAACGACUCAACUGCGGCUAGAGCAGUGAAUUUCUGUAUUUGUGCGUAUAUGUGUGUGUGUUACUUGGGAAUGUCAAAUAAAGCAGGUGCAGAAAG